AUGAAGUUUUCCGGUUCAGCCUUGAUCGCCACCCUCUUUCUCGCGUCUUCUGCCGUUGCGCAGAGAUUCACUACUACCCUCGAUGUCGAUGAUGGAAACACCUUGGUUCUCUCUCGGCACACCAACGCCCGGGGCGCUACCGUCACUUCUACCAUAAGCACCAUUGGCGGCGACGAUGACACUUCUACUUCCACAACCACCUCCGCCGACCAGGACACCACCACUCAACGAAUCGUCGCUUCCACUACAAGUGACGCGCCUAUGAAGACCACCACUUAUUGGGUCGACACUGGAAACGGUUACUGGACAUACUACACCUGGACCGCUCCCACCACCACCAUCCCCACUGUCGGCACUGCCAACGUCGCCCAGGGUUCCGUCGCCGACUUUGAAUCGUACCAGUCUGGCGUCAACGCCGCCGUCUACUCUUCUGCCGCUGCUCAAAAUGACGGUCACAGACGGGCUCAGCCCGUCGGAAUGGACGGUGUCUUUGGCGCGUGGAUGACCUUGGCUGUCGGUGCCGUCGGCGCUGGUCUGGGUGUGCUCGCGCUCUAA